AUGGCCGCGGGCGGCGCUGCCGGGGCGGGAUCGCGGCGGUUCCCGGGGCGGACCCGGAGCCGCCGUGAGGGCCCGGGACCCGCAGGGCGCCGCCUGGCGGACACGGAGCGCGGUGCGCGCGCGGCGCCCCCGCGUGGCCGCGGGACAGCGGGGCGCCGGCUCCGGCCCUCGGGGCUUUAUUGUGCGGCGCCCCGAACCCCGCGGCUGCGGGACACAGAGGGGGGAACACGGGACACAGAGAGGAGGAUAAAGGAGAGACGGGGGAUAAGGAGGAGGAGAAAAGAGGGACAGAGGGAACCUCACCCGAGCCCCGCCUGGGGAGCCCGCACCGGCCGCACCCGGCACCUCCAAGCGCUGCCGAGCAAAUGGCGCCUGAGGCGGUUUCCGGGGUUUAAAUGCCCUCGGCCCCGCCCCGCGCAGGCGCUCUGGAGCCCCGCGCACCUGUGCCGGCCCCGCCCCUCACACCUGUGCGGCCCCGAGCUGCGCACGCGCGCUGUGGCCCCGCCCCUCACACCUGUGCCCGCCCCGCCCCUCCCUGGCCCCGCCCCCGCACCGCUGUCCCGCGGCCACGCGGGGGCGCCGCGCGCGCACCGCGCUCCGUGUCCGCCAGGCGGCGCCCUGCGGGUCCCGGGCCCUCACGGCGGCUCCGGGUCCGCCCCGGGAACCGCCGCGAUCCCGAUCCCGCCCCGGCAGCGCCGCCCACGGCCAUCCCGGGCCGGAACCGAUCCCGGGCCCGGCGGGGGAGAGGCGGCACCGCCCGGGACCCCCCGGCAGACCCCAGCAGUGCUCGGCCCCGGUCGCGGCCCCGCCGCAGCGUCCCGUGUGAGACCUGUCAGACCGCUGGGAUCAUCUACGUGCCCCGUCCCCUGGGAGCUACCAAGAGUACUUGCUCCAAAGUUUCCAGAGGCACCAGAGCUGACAAACAAGGAGCUGAGUGGCAAGGAGGUGGCUCUCCAUGCCACCAGGUGAGUGGUACUGCCUUUGUGCAGGUUACAAACCCAGAAUAAAACCAUUUUGAUUGGAAACGACCCCUAAGAUUGAUCCCGACCAGUUCCUGACCCUUCAUUCUCCCUUUAGUUUGGUGAUUGAGAUGAUCUUCAGUUCCCUCUGGGGUACCAAUCCCAGGGGCUGCACAGAUCCCAAGAGGAGCCUGCAGCCCAGCACUCUGCCAAGGUGCCUUCACCUCCGAGUGCUGCCCUGGGAGAGGUGUGCAAGGAGGGAUCCAGGGGCCCAGAGGGCAGGGGCCAGUGGGAUGGACACACAGGCAUGUGCACUCAUAACGCUGCUGGAGCCAGAGAGGCUCCAAUGGUUAUUCCUGGCCAAGGAACACGUUCAGAAAGCAAAUUUGUUCAUGGCAAGUUUCAGCCCAGAAACCAGAGGUUUUAUGGAGAAGCCCAGGCACACUGGCCUGCCUCAUCCUCACUGUGCGCAGGUGACAGGAGUUAGACAGAGAUGCUGUACCAUCCCCAGACCUUCUGGCCACUCUGCAGAUCCAACCGCUCCCCCCGGUAUCCCAAAAUAUGCUUCAUGGGUCCAACACCAGGGUGUCAGGGAGUCCCUUUUAUCAGCAAACUGAUUCUGGGAUCUCGAUUCAGUCAGACAAGACUUUGCACAUAAAGAGGGAAAACGGACACGAACUCUCCCAUAAAUGCAUAAAGUUACUUUAUUUUCAGUAUACAUUUAUUUAAUUUUGAAAAAUAUAAAUGCUAAAAUAUCUCAUCAUUUUCAUCUUUUGAUUCCAUAAAAGUCACAAUAGAAAGCUUCAUAAAACUGUAAAAUACUAUAAUGUUAUAAGGAAUUUCAUUUUUUAUAUUACUGGAAAAAAAAAUCACUUUAAUAUGUUUGAAAUGUUUUCUGUUUUUUUCCUUUUAGUUCCACCAUCUGAUCCACUUCAUUUCAUCCUAAGUCCUUGCUCUCUCCUCCAAAGAAAACAGGGACUUACGAGAAUUAAAAACAAGAAUAAAAGUAUCUGAAAGUGCGACUUGAUUCAAAUACAGAUACGAAGGUGCAUCAGCUCCGGGAGGGGUAGCAAAACCCUCAUUUUUGGGGAGACAGGUCACCAGGCACCUGGUGCUCUGCACCAGUGGAUGGAAGCUGUGCCCACGGAACUGACUGGGACAGCCCCUGCAAUGCACCUGAUGGCACCUCUCCUCUCCUCUGGGAUUGCUACACGUCCACGGUCUGGGCAGGAUGUGCAGCAGUCCCACAGGUGGCUCCUGUGUGCUCCAGAGGCAACACUCCAGCUGUGUCCCCACUGGGUGCCAGGAGUGCUGUUCACCACGGGAUGGAGAGCACUGGCUAAAGCUGUCAUCACGCCUCCCAAGUUACCUGUCCUCCAGCAGCAGAAGGGAUCCCAGAGCUGCUCCUCUUCAGGCCUUUCCCAAGUCUCCCCAGCAUUUUCAGAGCAGGUUUCAGCCGGGUUCCUGGGUUACUCAACACAGAUUUCAUGGAAACUGAAGGGGAGACCCCUCAAGAGCAAGCAGGGGCUGUACAGAGGUGGUGGCUCCUGUGUGGGAGCAGAUAUUAAAAUUUGGCAUUUAAGGUCUCAGCACCAUCAGAAAAUCCUCUUGACUUCACCAACCCAGACUUUGGUUUCACAAGGACCAAGAGGCAGCACAUGCCCAUCCUCUGUGCUGGGAUUGUCUCCAUAAGGGAAUUCGCCUUGAGAGCUGGGGUGCUUUUUCUUCUUGUUCUGUUUUUUAUUUUUGGACGAAGCUUUCAGUGUGUUUCCCUACAUCCUGGUGAAGCCCAGUUUCCCAAACACGCCUUUAGAUGCACAUAAUGGUAUGAACAUGCUACAGAGAGAAAAACCUCUCUCCUGAUUUGAUGUCCACUCGCUUGGUUCCACCCCAAAAUCCUGGGAUGCCCAUGCCUGGCCUGCUUAGCCUUGCUGCAUUGCUGGGUGUGGGGCUGAGUAGCCAAGGUUUAGGGUAAAUUCUGGAGAUGAUGGUACACAGGGUGGGAUGCAGGAGGAUGCGGAUGUUUGUGAAUCCAAGUAUCAGGAUAAACUUCCCAGCAGGCCACCUUCAUCUUCCUCCUCAUCCACUGUGCCUGAUGAGGUACAGACCCAAGGUACACCUUGGAUCUUCUCAAUGCACA